GGAAGAGGACGGACCCAAAAUGGCGGCUCCCGCGGGGGCCCGGAUCGGUCGUUCAUGUCAGCGAAGGGAGCGGUGUGGAGUCGCGUGCGAGGCCGCCUCCGCGCUUUCCCCGAGCGCCUGGCGGCCUGCGGGACCGAGGCCGCGGCGUAUGGCAGGUGCGUGCAGGCCUCCACUGCCCCGGGCAGCCGCCUGAGGAAGGACCUCUGCGCACAGGAGUUCGAGGCCUUGCGGAGGUGCUUCACCGCCGCGGCCAAGACCGUGAAGGGAGGCUGCUAGGAGGGACCAGCCCACCCAAGCUGCACAGAGCCAGGCCCAACCUUGCCAACAGCACGUGGCAGCAUUUAACACUGAGGCUGAAACCUAGGCAUGGAGACUUCGGCUCUCAAAUGGGCCUGCGUCUCUGCAGGGAGAGCUGCAGAAAGAGGGGGAGUGGGUUUCCCAGCAAGAAUGUACAACAGGGUGUGGGACAGAAUAAAACAUACUUGAACUAAAAGACAA